UCAUACUGUAUCCAAGUCGGGAACUAAUGGCACGAGUGCUGCUUUUUACUGUGUAGACAGGCGUUCGCGCGUUGGAAGCGAUUAUCUCCGGAGAUCGUGCGCCCACAUUUGGCCCGAAGCCUCUGAGGGCUGAGGGUUGGGGACAGUUGGACAAAGUUUAAACUCAGCCCCAAACGUCUCAAGUCUCGCACUGAAGCGUGCCAUCCUUCGCGGUGAUUUCAAGCAGGGAUACGCCGCUGGAAAUGUGAAUUUAAAGGAGAUACCUGCCGAGCACAACCAUGAAACCAGCGACUGCUCUGUGCUGCUUCGGAUUUAUGCUCACUUUUGUCCUGUUUGGCUCCAGCUCUUCGCAAUCAGUAUGUGCUGGAACAGAGAACAAGCUGAGCACACUGUCAGACCUGGAGCAGCAGUAUCGUACCCUGAGGAAAUACUACGAAAACUGUGAAGUAGUGAUGGGCAACCUGGAGGUCACAAGCAUCGACCGAAGUCGGGACCUGACCUUCCUUCGAUCUAUCCGAGAAGUGACAGGCUAUGUGUUGGUGGCCUUGAACCAGUUUGACUACCUGCCGCUGGAGAACUUGAGGAUCAUCCGUGGGACCAAGUUGUAUGAAGAUCGAUAUGCCCUUGCCAUCUUCCUCAACUACAGACGCGAUGGAAACUUUGGUCUGCGUCAGCUGGGCUUGAAAAACCUCACAGAGAUCCUGAACGGAGGUGUGUAUGUCGACAAGAACAAGUUCCUGUGCCAUGCCGACACGAUCCACUGGCAAGACAUUGUUAAAAGCCCACGGAUGCAUCCAGUGGUGGUACCCACAAAUAGCAGCGUCGCAUGUCAGAAGUGUCACCGCUCUUGUAUCGGGCGUUGUUGGGGAACAAAAGAAGACCAGUGCCAGAGUUUAACUAAGACAGUGUGCGCUGAGCAGUGCGACGGCCGCUGCUUUGGCCCAUACGUCAGGGAUUGCUGCCAUCGUGAGUGUGCAGGAGGCUGCUUUGGACCAAAGGACACAGACUGCUUUGCUUGUAUCAACUUUAAUGACAGCGGAGCAUGUGUGACCCAGUGUCCACAGCCAUUUGUCUACAACUCCACCACCUUUCAGCUUGAGCACAACCCACGGGCAAAGUACACCUAUGGAGCCUUCUGUGUCAAGAAGUGUCCUCAUAACUUCGUGGUGGACCACAGUUCCUGUGUGAGAGCAUGUCCAAGUAACAAGAUGGAAGUGGAGGACAAUCACAUUAAGAUGUGCAUUCCGUGUACUGACAUCUGUCCCAAAGCAUGUGACGGUAUUGGUACAGCCAGCUUGCUUACAGCUCAGACGGUAGACUCCAGCAACAUCGACAAGUUUGUGAACUGCACAAAAAUCAAUGGCAACCUGGUCUUCCUCAUUACUGGCAUUAAAGGGGACGUCUAUCACAACAUUGAAGCUUUGGACCCAGAAAAGCUCAAUAUAUUCCACACCGUUCGGGAGAUCACAGGCUUUCUGAACAUCCAGUCUUGGCCAGACAACAUGACGGAUUUGAGUGUUUUCUCCAACCUUGUAACUAUUGGGGGACGAGCGCUGUACAGUGGGAUCUCCCUGCUGGUGUUAAAGCAGCAGGGCAUUAUAUCUCUGCAGCUCCAGUCUCUAAGAGAGAUCAGUGCUGGAAAUGUCCACAUCGCAGAGAACAGCCAGCUCUGCUACUACAGCACUGUCAACUGGACAAAACUGUUCCGAACUGCAAACCAGAAGGUUUUGAUCCGCAAUAACCGGAGUCCACAGGAGUGCUCCAAGGAUCAUAUGGUGUGUGACCCGCUCUGCUCGGAUGCAGGCUGCUGGGGUUCCGGCCCUGACCAAUGCCUGUCGUGUCGAUACUUCAGUCGUGGCAGAACCUGCGUGGAUACCUGCAAUCUAUAUGAAGGGGAUAUCCGCGAGUAUGCCAAUGGUUCAGUGUGUGUGGAAUGUGACAGCCAGUGUGAACGAUCUGAGGACGACUCCUUGACUUGUCACGGGCCGGGUCCAGAACAUUGCGAAAAAUGCCUCCAUUUCAAGGAUGGUCCUAAUUGUGUGGAAAAGUGCCCUGAUGGCCUGCAAGGUGCCAACAGCUUCAUUUUCAAGUAUGCUGAAGCUAACAAUGAAUGUCAUCCCUGCCAUGCUAACUGCACCCAGGGGUGCAUUGGACCGAGACAACAAGACUGCAUCGGCUGGAUGGACAGAACUCCCCUGAUCGCGGCGGGGGUGAUCGGCGGACUCUUCAUGGUGGUGAUCGUGGUGCUGAGCAUGGCGGUGUCAGUGCGCCGGAAGAACAUUAAGAAGAAAAGAGCCCUCCGUCGCUUCCUGGAGACAGAGCUGGUGGAGCCUCUGACACCCAGUGGUACAGCACCAAACCAAGCACAACUCCGCAUCCUAAAAGAGACAGAACUCAAAAGGGUCAAGAUCCUUGGCUCUGGUGCCUUUGGGACUGUUUACAAGGGCAUUUGGGUCCCAGAGGGUGAAACAGUGAAGAUUCCUGUCGCCAUUAAAAUUCUAAAUGAGGCCACAGGACCUAAAGCUAAUGUGGAAUUCAUGGAUGAGGCCUUGAUCAUGGCAAGCAUGGAGCAUCCCCACCUGGUCCGGCUGCUAGGUGUCUGCCUGAGUCCCACCAUCCAGCUUGUCACACAACUGAUGCCUCAUGGGUGCCUCCUCGACUACGUCCAUGAGCACAAAGACAACAUCGGAUCCCAGCUGCUCCUCAAUUGGUGUGUCCAGAUUGCAAAGGGGAUGAUGUACCUGGAGGAGCGACGACUGGUCCACAGGGAUCUGGCAGCUCGAAACGUUCUGGUCAAAUCUCCCAGCCACAUCAAGAUCACCGACUUCGGCCUGACUCGCCUGCUGGAUGUUAACGAGAAGGAAUACAACGCUGAUGGAGGGAAGAUGCCAAUCAAAUGGAUGGCCCUGGAGUGUAUUCAUUACAGGAAGUUUACUCACCAAAGUGAUGUUUGGAGUUACGGGGUCACUAUCUGGGAGCUGAUGACCUUUGGAGGGAAGCCAUAUGAUGGGAUUUCCACCAGAGAUAUCCCAGACCUUCUGGAGAAGGGGGAACGUCUCCCUCAGCCUCCGAUCUGCACUAUUGAUGUCUACAUGGUAAUGGUCAAAUGCUGGAUGAUUGAUGCAGAUAGUCGACCCAAGUUCAAGGAGCUGGCUGCAGAGUUCAGUCGAAUGGCACGUGAUCCCCAGAGGUAUCUGGUCAUCCAGGGUGAUGAUUGCAUGAAGCUUCCGAGCCCAAAUGACAGCAAGUUCUUCCAGAGUCUCCUGGACGAGGAGGAGCUGGAAGACCUGAUGGACGCUGAGGAGUACCUGGUGCCUCAUUCCUUCAACGUCCCACCUCCGGCAUACACUUCUCAUGGCCGUAUAGACUCCAAUAAGAAUCAGUUUGGCUACCAGGACCCUAAUUUCAGCGUGGAGGAUAUGCUAGCCACCGUCCCCAGAGGAGUGUCUGUUCCAACUGGAUCUUGCCUGCCUCCACAGGACCUAGCCACAGGGGGGCAGGUUAGCAGUGGAUUCAGUAGUGGAAAUCAGGAGAACCCUCGCUGCAAUGGCACCCUGCGGAAGCAAGUCUCCCAAAGACCAAACACCCAUGGAGCUGGCUCAGGUCUCACUGCAGGACAAGGCUCGAGUGCAGGAGAGGAUUGUAGUGGACAGCGUUACAGUGCCGAUCCAACUGGACUUUUGGGGGAAAGAGCAGCUAAAGGAGAUAAAGCCCAGGAUGGUUGCUUGAGGGACAAGAACAACCCAGACUAUCUCAACCCAGUAGAAGAAAAUCCAUUCGUCACAAGACGCAGGAACGGUGACGCUCAUGCAGUUAUUGACAGAGCUGGAUGCCACACCCUCCACAUGGCUGGAGCUGCUGCUGCCCCCAGAAGCCAGUCCAUCCGAGGGGAUGAGGAAUACGUCAAUGAGCCACUGUACCUCAAUACCUUCAUUAACCCUGGGGAGAAGAAUGGAUUGGCUGGUGCAGUAACCAUCUCUGGCCCCGGGUCAUCUGCAGCUCAGUCUGUAUCGCAAACAGUCAACCAUUCAACAUCAAGCCACACAGUCUCCUCCUCUGGUUACGCGAUAGCCCCUGGCCAUCUGCCCCACACAUCAUAUCCCUCACACACCCUGCAUCCAGGGCAUUCGGGACACUCCCUGCACUCAGGCAUCACCAGCAACACCAUCAUGAUUGAUAAGAAUGCCAAGAAGGCCAGUUUUGACAAUCCUGAAUAUUGGCAGCACAGUCUCCCCCAGAAAACCUCAAUGCACAACCCUGAGUACCUGCAGGACUGCAGCACACGCUUCUUCUACCGGCAGAAUGGACGCAUUCGACCUGCUGUGGCCGAAAACCAGGAAUACCUAUCUGAGGCUGCUAUGAAAGCUAGCAAUGUGUUGCCACCACCUCCAUACAGACAGAGAAACACUGUGGUGUAGAGACCCACUUGUAGCACAAAGGAGAAGGAGAUGGAGGCAGAGGUGUGGAGAUGAAUGAACACUGGACUUUGCAGUAUUUCACAAAUCAGAUUCCCCUUGUACCUUUGAACACUUCCCUACUCCACACCUAAUGGUCAUUGUUUCAUUCACCUUAGAGUUGGGCUUUAUCUUGACUAGAGCGCCUUUAAGAGCCAAGGGCAGGCUAAUUGGACAUGCAAACCAUCCAUACUAGCUACAUCAUUCAACAUGACUUUUGUGGCCAAUAGAUAAAGUAUACUGAGGAAAACUUCCAACACAACAGUAAAUACGUAUAUUGGGUGAGGUAUGUCAUGUGUUGAGUUUUUCUACACUGGUAAUGUAGAGCUUAGACAGCGAAAACGUAAAUGUGUUAGUUCCUCCUAACCAUCUUGUGUAGAAAAUAACUCAUAAAUAAUAAAGGAUUAUUAACUGAGCGCAAGGUUAAUAAUUUGUUUAUUAUAUGGUUAUAAUAAACCAUAUAUAAACACCCGAACUUACAGUAUCACCCAAAUAUGAAAGCUGCUGAUGGUUUUGGGCUCAUAGUAAGGCCUGUUCGCUUUAUUCACCUCCGUGAAUAAGUUGCUAACAAAGGGUAUGUUCCUUAGCUGUUAAUCUUUCAACCUGUGUGUUUUUUGUGAUGCUGUUUAGAUAUUUAUGGAGUAUGUUCAUGUCCGAGUUGGUUUUUCUAAUCGUGAUUUUAGCUUUCUGGUUUGUAACAAAUCUGAUGCGCGAUCUGGAUGAAUUGUCAGGUAACGGUUUGACAUGGGAAAAUAUCAGACCGGAAAUCAGCCAAUCAGAGCUCGUAUAAUAAUACAUUUUAUCAUGUUAUAGGUUAGCGAAUUUAAAAAAAUAUUUAAUAAGGGCAAAACCUAUUGCGUCUGACAAACUUCGAUGCAUCAGAACGAUCGAGGCAGGAACUUUGUUUUAAUGUAAUAUCCCGUAGAAGUGUCCGCCACCUGCAGGAAGGUUUGUGAAUGUUCUCGUCUUCAAGUAAGCAUCAGCUAACAAGUUAUGGAGGUUCGUGGAUAAUGGGUAAAUUAUUACAAAUUAUGAACAGUUGUGGCUAAACUCACAUCUAGUUUGUCUGCCUCCUGAACACUAGCCAGGUAAUGUGCUAAUAGCUGCACAGCCAACAAGCUAGCAAAUGCAGGGAAAAACAUAAUGACUAAUAACAAUAACAUUUUUUAAGAAACUUUGGAUUGGCAAUAUAACUGUACCUAAUUAUGCAGAACCAUAUAAGCACAUCGUAGCAGUAAAUAUCACAGCAGAGUGUUGCAUUGGAGGUCUUGCUCAGUAUACUGUAUGUAGUAGUCCUGCCAUUCUCAGAAACAAAACAACACCAUAAAAUAAAUAAAUAAGAGAAAAACAAAAGAGAAUUGAAAUUAAUUCAAGUAAAAUGAGAUAUUUAAAAAAAAAAGAGUUUUCCUGUUUCUUCAGGUUACGUAUUGUACACGUUGCAGUGUACACACAUUGACGUCACUUGUGUGCGGUCUGUUAAAUGAAUCGAUUGACAGACUCGUGCAAAUGAAGUUCCGUCAAUUCUUACCGGUAACCAGCGAUCACUAAGGACACCAGAUGUGGUGUGCCUGCCUGUCGUUAUCACAGGUUUUACGUCACACCAUUUAAAAAAAAAGAAACAUGUUAACCUGAAAUGUUAACAACACUGACAGUUCAACAGUAACCAUUAAAGCUACAGUUGGUAUGAUUUAGAGCAGAAAUGGAAUAUGGCAUUCAAACCGUGUGUCGAUUAGUGUGUAAUCACCUACGAGAAUGAAUCAGUGUGUAUUUAUGUGAUUAGAACGAACCCUUCAUAUCAUCAAGGGAGUGGGUCCACUCAUGGAGGCUACCAGUUUGCAGGGCCAUGUCGAUAAAACGGACAUACGCCUGUCUUUUGCACUUUGUACAGCGGCAAAAAGACCGGAGUGCUUAGGGUUAGGGCUACCAAGUAUGAGAACCCUCGUUUCUGUGAAAUGCAGAGGCAUAUAUUUUGCUCAUCACAAGAGAGGGCAAAGAAGCAUGAAUCCGCAUCUCCAAAAGCGAAAUAAAUAAUGUGACAGAAUAAUGCAAUCUGCAAUCUCACCACUAGAUGACACUAAAUCCUACACACUGUAGCUUUAAUCCAAAAAACAAAUCAUGACACACUGACAGAUCAGAUUCCUCUGUCACCACGUUUCUCUUGACCAUGCAGUACAUGAUGCAAAUACAUUCUGUAUUUAUAUCCCCCCACCCCCCCAAAAAAGCCAUUUCAAUCUAUGGAGCCAGCAACCCCUAGUUUAGCAUUUUAGUCACAAAAUUAGUGUAACUGCAACUUCAAAGAGAACAUUGUCUGUUGAUCAAUAUAUUUUAGGAGAACAUCAAACCUGACAGCGGGGACUAAUAAUAAAAAAGAAGAAUAGUUUUGUUCUUUAGGCAGGAACUGUUAGCAAGGAACUGUUCAGCUUGUCAUCUUGUCUGACAAUGGAUAUGACGUCAGUAUGAAGGGCGGGAUAAACAGCACUGUGGAGACAGCAAAGUGGCAAACCCUGCAGAGCUGUAAAUAAGACAAUUAUACGUCAUUACCCGGCACAAUGGGAAUUAAAAGGUGUAUGAAAAACAAGGACAAAAUCUGUGAAUAUUUUCUGUUACUAAAGGGGAAAAAAACAGAAAUGACUAUAAAUGCAUUCAUCGUGACCACGAGCUUUUGGUCUCCUGCACAACUCUCAUCAACUUGGAUGACCGGCAUUGAAUUAAAAGGAGGUCUUCUCCAACUUUUGAACAUGAACACUCAUGGAACUCUUUCUUUUUUGUAUUGUUUUCAACAAUAAUGGUGACACGUUGCGUUUCUGUCCUCAUACGACACUGCCAGAUGUCAUAGUGAACUGUGUUGCUAACGACUAGCAUCUGUCGUCAAAUGACUUUGAAGCCUAUUUCAGGCUGGGGUUGAUUAUUCAAUAGCACUUAAUGUUCUGGCACAGCCAAAUGACUUUGCUGUUAUUCUCUCUCAAAACAACCAUUCAUUCAUUUUAUUUGAUCACUUUACAGCUAUAAUUUAGUUAGGCAAUAGAGAGUUUCCACUGCAUUAAGACCUCGUAGUGUUUCUUUGAAUGUGUUUCAAUAAAGGUUUGUUCCCACACCUCAUGCAAUAUCAUCAUAAGGAUGUGAUAAUAUUGUGAAAGUUGGGGACAAGUUCUGCCCGUGCACCUCUCACUGCUGGCAUAACAACACCAGUACACGAUCACCGCUAAUGGUACCUCUUGUCGGAACAUCGGAGAAGUAGCACUAAUCUCUGGUUUAGACAGGCAGUGCUGGUGAUUUAGCAUCCGGACCAAACACAGAUGUUUCCCCGAUGCAAUGUUUAUGUCCCCCACUCAGGUUUUAUGGGAAAUAAUUAUCAUCCAGCUGAGCACCAGCUGAGGUGCAAGUUACAGUGACAGC